AUGGCCAAACCGUUUGCCGUCAAGGGUAUCAAUGUGGAGCCGGAAGACAAUCGCGAGGAUCGGCUGAGCAGUCUGCCCGACGACGUGCUUCUCAACAUCGUGGAGCGGCUCAACAUCAACGGUGCCACAAGAACUAGCAUGCUCUCCGGCCGAUGGAGGCGGAUCCCCGCGAUGAUCUCCAAGCUCCAUGUGGCGGUCGGCUCGUCUGACCCCGAGCGUGACAGGUCGAAGCUGAGCUACGCCAAUGAUGUGGUUCGGGCCAACGCCACCAUAGUUGAAGCAAUCAGGAGCAUACUAUUGCUGGAGAAUAGGAGUACAGGUUUAUAUACGGUCCGCCUCAUGUGCCUGCAGUUCUUCCUAGGACAUGAAGACAUUGGUGUUGUCCAGGACGUCGCCGACACCAUGGCGAUGGAAGACAUUGGGUUGGCUGAGCUGACUCUCUUGACAAGGAAGGACGGCCGGCGAUGCACCGACCAGGAUUUGGUCGCCUACGGCAGGCAGAUGGGGUCGUUCGUCGACGCGUGCCCACACACAUUAUUCAGCGGCCUCACACGACUCAAGCUAGAGAAUUUGAGGCUACCCGAAUCCGAAUCCGAAUCCGAUUUUCCAAAGAUUUUAGGUAUAUGCGAGCGGCUGCAGUCCCUCCGCUUGUACAACUGCGACGCCGGGAUCAAGUCGUCGCUCCAAGUGGAGCACCAGCAGCUCAGUGAGCUUGAGAUCAUCAAGAGUGGUUUCGAGAGGGUUGAUCUGAAGUGGCUCCCGGAGCUCAGGACCCUGAAUUUUUCCUCUUGGAAGUCUCAUCAUGAUGAUCCCAUGGCAUUCCGUCACGUCCCGCUGCUCCACACCGUAACUAUGAGUAAUACGGCCGCUUCAUAUCACAAGAUGCUAAGGUUGAGCGAAUUUCUCGGCACGGCCACCAUAAGCAACCUGCAUUUAAACUUUGAAAGCGAAAAGAUUUGGGUCAAACCUGAAGGUCCAAUAGAAUUAUCACAAGUGUUCGACAAACUAAAGUUUGUGAAAUUGGCCGACAUUUCAGAAGAAUGCGAUCUGACCUGGACAUUGUUCCUCUUGCGAGGCGCACCUAGCCUCGAGGAGCUAUGUGUAAGCAUGUGGAAUAGAUGUGACUUGGUAAGGGGUGACAAGGAUAGGAAGAAGCUUCAGCUUAGCAAGGAGAAGAAGGACGCGGGCACGGAGUGGGAAUCAUCUUCCUCAUCGGAUUUCAAGCACCACAAUCUAGACGUGCUCAGGAUCUUUGGGUUUCAGUUGCAAGACAAGUUUGUGAAUUAUGUCAAUGGUGUCAUGGAAUCGGCGGUUGAUCUCAAGGGAGUGUACCUGUAUAAGAGGCCGGGUUGUGGGGCUUGUGUGUGCAGAAUGCGGAAGGAUGGAUAUCUGUGGACCGAGAAGCAGAAGGUCUCGCUUUUGAAUAGUUUCAACAUGGAUGCAUGCCCGCUCUUAACGAUUUACUUCCCGAGCUCAAGAUCCUGA